UCCAGUUCAGAAUGAAGUUUCUUGAUUGGUACUUGAAGAUUGGGGUUGGUUCAGCUUUGGUUGGGGCUUCUAUGGAGUUGUUCAUGAUCAAAACGGGCUUCUAUGACAAAGUAACUGUUUUGGAGUCAGAAAAACGUGCCUGGGAGAAUUCUCCAGAUGCUCAGGCAAUCAAAGAAGCGCUCAACCCCUGGAGACAGAUUGAUGCAGAAGGAACAAAAAAGUCCUGACUAAAGCAUUGCUGCAUCUUGUCGACUUGACUCCAAAUGAACGGGCAACUCCGGGAUUGCUCAGUCUCACACAACUUUCAAUUUUGUCUUUCUGCUAUCUGGCUUUGAAUUUUGGAUUUAUUUUUUUUGGCUCUAGAAGAAGUGUUCAGUGUUUUCUCUUUGCUGAUGUGAUGCAACACAGAGAUGAGUGUAACAUUAUUCUCGAUGAAAAAAUUGCCAAUGUCUUACCUUGUUUCAUUUCCUGACAUUUACCUCUUCUAUACAAAUCUUCUGACAUAGUCACUUUUCCACAAUUACAUUUGACUUCUACUUUAGCCAUUGUUUACUUCGUCUCCUACAGGCAAAGGAGAAAAGCAUUUCAAGGUUGCAUCUUAUAGCCAUGUCAAAGAGCUUCGACAUUGUUGCCAAUGACUACCAUUUCAUCAUUCACUAAUUU